UUUCGUUCCCAUGAUACCGUGUACGCUCUAGGGCCAUUCUUUCAUGCUUUAUUGACACUAUUUACACCGUAAAGUACUGCAGUGGGUUAAGUUGAACAGCGGCGGAACUAUCAACAAACGGGAGAGAAGGAGUUAUCCGGAUUAGUUUAACAGUUGAGCAUCACCCACGUUAACUGCAUGAGGUUUCAUGUCUUCUCAUUGUUUGUAGCUGAUGUCAUUCCCUUGGGCAGACGACGGGGGGCAAUUUCCCUUCAACAAAUAUGGGCAGGCGCCUCUUCCAGCCAUCCAAGGAUCCCAGACGCCUCAGCCCAAUGAGUACAACCAGAUUGUACCCAUCGGGGGCAGGCGUUCUCAGAUCUCAAACAUCACAGCGAUCCCCGCCUACGCUGGUGACUAUGCAGAGAAUAGGCUUCGACAGGUAGAGGACAGGCUCAACAUGUCCGAGCAGUCGAGCAGGGCUCUGCUUGAAGAAGUCGUCAGGUUGAGGGGCGAGUUAAAACAAUCGCACAAUCGCACCGAAGAAGCCAUCCAGGGGGAGCGUCAGUCUCGUCAGACCCUCGCAGAAAACAUCCGUGCCAGCAACGACCUGAUUGGCCAGUUGGGAGCGCGACUCAAGCGUGCCGAGGAGCGGGUGUCAGAUGAGAGGACAGCCGUUGGGGCUUUGGUUAAUCACACCAAGCAGGUGGAGCAGGCAGUCUUGGGAAGUCAACAAGAACUCGUUGCUAGACGUGAUCAGCAAUUGUCCAAAAUAGCAGAGCUUCGUAAUGACCUGGACGAGGCCAACAGGUUAAGGGAGCAGCUAGAGAGGGCCACGACGACCCUCGUAGACGAGGUACGAACUAUCAAAGGCAAAGUAGAGACACAUCACUUGGAAUCUAACAGCAUUACACACGAUGUCAAAGAGAGAACCAAACGACUUGAGGAAGAUAAUCGCACCCUGAUUGCUAGGUAUCGACUGCAAAAUACUGACCAAGAAAUUAUCACAGAAAAGAACCUGACUCAGCUCAGAUUACAGAUGAGUGCAAGACUUGGUGAAGUGCGGGACGUUCUGAUGGAUUUAAGAAACAGAGUCACAACGGAAGAAACUGAGAGGAGACAACAGGAGCAGAACUUCUUUCUCAAGCUCAACGACGUGCAGGCUCAGGUUCACGAGCAAUCCCGUAAGAGGGAUGAGACCGUACACACCAUAGAUGUAGUCCAAAGGGAACGAGAACACGCCGCCGAUAACGAACGUCUUAAGAUGCAAGGGAAGAUUGCGGAGAUUGCCGAGGAAGUCAGCCGUAAGAUCCUCUCCAAGGAGAUCCGACUCCGAGAAGAAGCUCAGCAGAAGUUUGGCAACAUUGAAAAGUAUCUCCAUGCCGAGCAGGCUGCUCGUAUCGCUCACGAGCAAGCCAUGAGAGAAGAGAAUGAGAAACGAUGGUCUGCUCUGCAGAAACUCACUGAGGAAGAAGUGCUCCAUGUCAGGGAAGGUCAAAAGUUGGAGAGACAUAAGAAUGUUGGAGGAAUGAGUAAAGUGAACGAGUACAUGGACAAACUGGAGAAGAUGCAACAUGAGACUAAGAAGCAGCUGGAGGCUGUCAUGAAAGCUGAGAUUAAAUCAAGGCAAAACCAGGAUAAGCAGAUCGAAGACAAGAUCGAGGAUGUGCAGGAGAAACUGGGCGUGGCAAUCUCCACGUUGCAGCAGGCUAUCGGAGGUAUUAAUGAACAAGUCUCUACAGCUACUCAACAGUUGAAGCUCAAAGGAAACCAUGGGUAUCAAGGCAAGGUACAGCAGAUGAUUGAAGACCAGGGCCAGGGUGGUCUGAGAGGACUGGCUGACCUUGAUGCUCGGGUCAUGGCCUUGCAGUCAAAGGUCGCGACCCAGGAGGAAGGACUUCAGCAGACCAUUACUAAGGCUAUUUCGGAUGCUAUGGAUGAUAAGCUCUUUCUAACUGAAUACCCAGAGGCAGCAAAAGCCUUGCUGGAUACCCAGGGAGAGAAAAUUGAGCAGAUUGAUGACUGGCGAGACAGUGCUGAUAAGAAACUCAAACAGAUCAAGGAACGAAUGGAUGAGCUUGGUCCAGAGAUCCGUGAGAUGAAUCGAACCAACGAGUCAUUACAGGAGGACAUGAAAGGAAUAAUAGACUCAGAAUCUAAAGACAGAAUCCGGGAUGUCCAGAUGGUCCGUCAAGACCUUCAGGUUAAGUACAAUCAGCUGGUCCAAGAUCUGGAACAGGUCAAGCGUACAGGGGCAGUCGGUGCUGAGCCGGCCGCACCGGUCAUUCCGGUCAGUCAGAAGGAGAAACUUGCCCAAGGGAAGGGCGGAGGCAAAGUGGAUGAGGCAACGAAAGCUAGGAUUGACGACAUGGAAGAAACUAUCAAUAAGCAACGGAAGAAAUUUGAAGAGCUCAAAGAGCAAAUUGGUAAAGUAGAGAGCAGUAUUCAGACGGUCCGAGUUCACCUUGGAAGGAAGAUUGAUACAGAGACCAAAGCGAGGAGGGAGGAGACUCAAGACAUGCAAGGAUUGUUUGAGGAGCUACAGAGCCGUCUUGCUCCUCUACUCAACAACAACAAGGCCCCGGCGGAGGACCGAAAGACGCCGAGUAAUAAGGACGGAGGUCAGGGGUCAGGUAGGGGAAGUAAAAAGUGAAGUGGGAAAGGUCCGGCUGCACAAGGUACCGACCAAAAGACGUAGCUAUAGACCUUUCUUUUGCAACGUCACAGCCCGAGUUUUUGCCAACCGAGGAUGGAAACCUGUGGAAAGCUAUUAAUGCAAAUCAACAGAUAGCCAUAGUUCGUAGAAAUGUUACACAAACAUUGAAUUUGUUUGAGACAAAUUAACAAAUCAUCUGAAGUAUUCCAGCUCAUUAAUAUUUACAGAAAAUAUUGUAUUUUGUCACAUUUUUAAAAAACAAGAUCGAUUGUUUUGCUAAAUUCGGCUGGCCACGCCAACCAGCGCACUUUGUUUAUCAACAAUGGAAAGGUCUAUUGACUCCUUGCACGCGCGUCAUACGCGACGACUGAUGCCACGCUCA